CGCUGUCGCCGCCGCCGCCGCAGCCGCCGCCCGGUCCCUCGGCCGCGCUCGCGUGGGGGCCACGCACCAUGUACGGAUUUGUGAAUCACGCGCUGGAGCUGCUGGUGAUCCGCAACUACGGCCCCGAGGUGUGGGAAGACAUCAAAAAAGAGGCACAGUUAGAUGAAGAAGGACAAUUUCUUGUCAGAAUAAUAUAUGAUGAUUCCAAAACUUAUGAUUUGGUGGCUGCUGCAAGCAAAGUCCUCAAUCUCAAUGCUGGGGAAAUCCUCCAAAUGUUCGGGAAGAUGUUUUUUGUCUUUUGCCAAGAGUCUGGUUAUGAUACAAUCUUGCGUGUCCUGGGAUCUAAUGUCAGAGAAUUUCUACAGGUUAUUCAGCAAAGAAAUGAAGAAUGUGAUCAUACUCAAUUUCUAAUUGAGGAAAAAGAGUCAAAAGAAGAAGAUUUUUAUGAAGAUCUUGAUAGAUUUGAAGAAAAUGGUACCCAGGAAUCACGCAUCAGCCCAUAUACCUUCUGCAAAGCUUUUCCUUUUCACAUAAUAUUUGACCGAGACCUAGUGGUUACUCAGUGUGGCAACGCUAUAUACAGAGUGCUUCCCCAGCUCCAGCCUGGGAACUGCAGCCUAUUGUCUGUCUUCUCUCUCGUCCGUCCUCAUAUCGACAUUAGUUUCCAUGGGAUCCUUUCACACAUCAAUACGGUUUUCGUAUUGAGAAGCAAGGAAGGAUUGUUGGACGUAGAGAAAUUAGAAUGUGAGGAUGAGCUGACUGGAACUGAGAUCAGCUGCUUACGUCUCAAGGGUCAGAUGAUCUACUUACCUGAAGCAGAUAGCAUCCUUUUUCUGUGUUCACCAAGUGUGAUGAAUCUGGAUGAUCUGACAAGGAGAGGUCUGUAUCUGAGCGACAUCCCCCUGCACGAUGCCACGCGUGACCUCGUUCUUUUGGGAGAGCAAUUCAGAGAGGAAUACAAACUGACUCAAGAACUGGAAAUCCUCACAGACCGGCUGCAGCUCACGUUAAGAGCCUUGGAAGAUGAAAAGAAAAAGACAGACACGUUGCUUUAUUCUGUCCUCCCUCCAUCUGUUGCCAAUGAGCUGAGACACAAACGCCCGGUGCCUGCCAAAAGAUACGACAAUGUGACCAUCCUCUUCAGUGGCAUUGUGGGCUUCAAUGCUUUCUGCAGCAAGCAUGCAUCCGGAGAAGGGGCCAUGAAGAUUGUAAACCUCCUCAAUGACCUCUACACCAGAUUUGACACACUGACCGACUCUCGGAAAAAUCCAUUCGUUUAUAAGGUGGAGACAGUUGGUGACAAGUACAUGACAGUGAGUGGUUUACCAGAGCCAUGCAUCCACCAUGCACGAUCCAUUUGCCACCUGGCCUUGGACAUGAUGGAAAUUGCUGGCCAGGUUCAAGUAGAUGGCGAAUCUGUUCAGAUAACAAUAGGGAUACACACUGGAGAGGUAGUUACUGGUGUCAUAGGGCAGAGGAUGCCUCGGUAUUGCCUUUUCGGAAAUACCGUUAACCUCACAAGCAGAACGGAAACCACUGGAGAAAAAGGAAAAAUAAAUGUAUCUGAAUAUACAUACAGAUGUCUUAUGACACCAGAAAAUUCAGAUCCGCAGUUCCAUUUGGAGCACAGAGGCCCCGUGUCCAUGAAGGGCAAAAAAGAACCGAUGCAAGUUUGGUUUCUAUCCAGAAAAAAUACAGGAACAGAGGAAACAACACAGGAUGAUAAUUGAAUGUUAGACUGUGGGACGAAGAGGACUGCAGAAUGGGCUCCAGUUGUCCCCUGUCACACGCCAAGCCUGGGAGCAAUUAGUCCCUGUGGAUAGAUUUUGCUUUGUCCUUCGCGGUUACCCCAAGCCUUUCUCCUAGGUAUACCUUUCAUGAUUCAUUACUCAACCUUAGCACUGCUUCUGAUUAUUUUCAAGGUUUAGUAUGUUACCUGAAAUUUGGCUUUAGAUGUGAAUGAUGUGAGCUUCAUGCGUCUUAAGAUCUACCACAAGCGUUGCCGAGCAUGGUAAUCUGCAAGUGGUAGGCACCCAAUAAGUAUUUGUUGAAUUUAAUUAAAUGACACAGAACAGUAUUUGGUCCUGUGUAUAUAUCAUAUCAUGGCUUACCGAGUCUGUUUGGUGUUCGGUGUAUAUGUACAUGUAUAUUUUAAUGACUAUAAUGACACAUAACAAAAUUUAUAUCGUGUUGGUGUACAUCAUUAUAGAAAUCGUUUUCUACAGGAGUGAAUUCUGUUUUAGGAAAAAAUGCAAUUUAUUUUCAGAUUCCCAAAAUAAGAAUGAAUAUACCAUACUAAGAAAAUAGUGACUAUUUUGAAUUGUGCUAGUUUUCCUUCAAAAAUGUAGGGUGCAUAUUUCUGUUACUAAAAUCUUUGGUGGCUCACUCAAAUUAUGUGGCAUUAUAAUAUCCUCUAAAAUUCUGUUGUUUGUAUUAAAUCUUAUUAACCACAUGCAGCUGUUAUAAAAAAGCUGUACUGUUUCACACUGAGCUGUUACAUUAGCUUGGGAUAAAUGUUAGGCGCUCUGACCACAUCCAAGAAUAAAAUUGAAGACACUGCUGGGAUACUCCUGAAAGAGCCAUUUCUGGCUUUUUAUUUCCAGUAAUGAGCUUCUUUUUCUUUGCUUGGAAGAAUGUGAUUAUAACCAGGCCAUCAUGUUCAGAAAAGUUACUUUAAUUUUGACGUAGACUGCAUUCCUAUUGGAAUAAUUGGCCUAUCGCUCUUAAAUAUAUCUGAUAAUUUAUUUAUACCUACCUUUAUAAAAUAUAGUGCAACUACUUUUGUGUAAAAAUGUUUGUCUCUAAAUUUAGCAUUUCGUAUCAGCACAUCUGUAUAUGUAUAAAUGUUCCACGUUCAUGUGUAAGAGAAUCUUCAAUAAAUUAUU